GGUAGGGGUUCGUUCAGCCUUGCGUGAGCUGAAAUGUUACCUCACCAAUCUUAACAAAAGGAACAACGGAAAUGUCUUAUUAUUAAAUAUCUAGCAAUCGGGUCUCACUCUUAUUCAUACCUGCAUUUACAAUAUUUCCAUCCUCGAACAAAUCUAUACGUCUUCACGAGAAUUUAUACAACUCCAACCGUUUUCCUGUGUAUAACACGCAGGACUUAUCAAGUGUACGGUGCCGAUAAGAGCUUCAGUUCCUACGGCUACUUACGACUUAUCAAUUUAGCACUGGUUAUUAGCUCAAGAAUCAAGUGCGCCAGUCAAUAUGGCGUCUCCACCAGGACCGACAGAAUUUCCUCACAAUUCCCUUUCCCUCGCAAUACCUCCUAGUCCACUGCCACUAUCUACAACUACGACAUCGCAUACACGUCGGGCUUCCGAAGUUAUAUCGAUCAAACGCCGGAAAGCAAGUAUGAUAUCUACUACCUCAACGCACUCUGCGCAUCCUUUGCGCCAAACUUCGUUCCCUCCCGAGUCUACUGUUUAUACGCCUGGCUAUGAACGCUCUCCAAGUGUUGAUAAUAUGUCUCUUGUCAGUGGAAGCGUCGCGGGUGGCCAGUCGAAAAGAAAACGCGCAAAGAAGUCAAAGGGUGGAAAGAGUGAUUUUGAAGGAUCCAAUGUAGGCGUGGGAAAAUCAGAAGGUCCUGCCUCAAAGAAACGUCGGACAUCCAACGGCAAUAUCGAAGAAGAGGAGGAAGAUGACAAUAAUGUGGAUCAAACAAUGACAUCGAUGACGUCUAGUAUAGAAGAGAAGCAAAGGGACAUUCAACGGAGAGCUUUAUUGGCAAACCAUUUGGAUCCAGAACAAUUCGAACGUUAUACCGCUAUGCGAGCUGUAAAAUUUCCCGAUGCUACCGUUAGGAGAAUUGUGAACCAGACUUUGUCGCAAAGUGUACCGGGCACUGUCAUUCUGGCGGUUAAGAGUGUAGCCAAACAGUUUGUUGGAGAGUUGGUUGAGAAUGCAAGAAAGGUACAGGACCAAUGGAUCGAAGCUGGAGAACCAAAUUCUGGAUUAAUAAUUCCGCCAGCGGAGAACACGACUAUGGUGAAUGGGGAAGACAAUGCCAGUCAAGUAAACGUAACCAAGGAGACGAGGAGAGCACCUUUGCAGCCGGAUCAUUUGAGGGAGGCAUUGAGAAGGCUGAGAGAGGGAAAUGAAGAUGGAUUGGCUGGACAGCUGAAUUUAUGGCAAUUGCAACAGCAUAGCGGAGUUGAGAGGUUUGGUUCUAGGGUCAGGGGGAAAAGGCUGUUUAAAUGAAGAGUGUCUGCGUAUCCGACUGAGGGUUUUCAUCAUGCAUUUGAGCGAUAUGGAGUUGGGGCUUCAGGGAGCAUAAGAAAGUGUUAUUCAUUGGAGUUAAGGAUGAAACAUGUCAUCUGGACGGAUCACAGAGAUAGACCAUGAAAAACGAAAUCCAAUACAAAAUUCUACUAAUCAUAUCAAUCACAAGCGCUCCUGUUAUGGCUUGUGAACCCACAACUUCAUUUGAAAGUCAAUUUGAAGUAGCAACAAGCAAGAUAGAGAAUGAUCUCAAUAUUUGACUGUGGGAAAGCCAUCCACUAAAAAGUGUAUUGUAAUUGAUAGUGAAUGUCCAAGGAGUAUGCUCA